UCCAAAGUUUGCUCAAACAACUGCGCGCGCGCAGUCCGCCAGCCACGGCACUCGUCUCUAGACCGCUCCGACAACUGCGCGUGUAGUUCUGCCGAAUACAACUCCGCACGUGGACAUUUGCUAUCUCUUUCGCGACCAACCCCUCGACCCGGUCUUCCGCGAACCCGGAUAAUGUAUCGAUAACUGCUAAUUGAUAAACACAACUACCGUAUCGGGUGUCAUCGCGAGUGUAGUGCUGGGGGUGAUGGCUGAAAAACACGCACUAAUACCCGAAGCCGUCACGAUGUAUACGCAGACGGACGCGAUGAAGGAGAUUAAGGACAUGUCCAAGAAUUUAGUGAGCGGUGACUUCGAAAGACAAUAUAAAGCUGGGAUGGCAGAAAAGAGCAGGAGGCGGAACCCUUGCUUGGUUUCGCUGGCCAUUUCUGUCGGGGUCCUGGCAGUUUUCCUGAUAGUGGUGACAGUGGUGAGAGAAGUGCAGAUAGCGAGGCUGCACCAGGAGCUGGACCAGCUGAAAGUGAACAUGAUCGCGAUGUCGGCCAACGUGAAAGCCUUGAACAACAAAAUCAACAACAACAGACUGUUCAAUGACUUCGAAGACACGAUUUACACGGACGACGACAGUCCCAAAGACAGCAAGGAUGUCCCUGAUGAGUUCCUGGUCAAAUUACAUGGUCUCACCGAGCUGGAAAACGACACCGAUGAUGAUGACGUUAUGUAUGGAGACGACGACGCGGAGAGCGGGGAUUGGUACCCUGAUUAUGACAAGCAUAGGGAAAAGAUCGGUACCACGAACAUGGUGAAACUAGAGCCUGAUGACUUCACGGACUCGGUCCUAACCUUCGGUGCAGAUGACCUGGCGCAGAUGAACUACUUAAAGCAAAUCAAGAAGAUGAUCAACGACAACCCUGAAAACCCUGACAUCGGAUCUGCUCUACCGACGCUGCAGACGUCCACAGAACACGAGCGAGUCCGGGAGAAGCGAAAUGUUUUGCCAGCCAAUGCGCAGGAGCAGGUCGCCUCGCCGCGGGUGAUAUCUAAAACAGAUGAAAGGCGUAAAACGAAGAAAUUCUCCGCGAACCUGAACACCUCUACGAAGCCCCCGAUGCAUACCAUCGUGCGGACGGCUAGGAAUAGCGACAGUGAGGAGAGACGGCCCUUCAUCGCGGCUCAUUUCCAUGGUAACACGUCCCACCUCAGUCCAGAAAUACACGAGCAUUACAAAGGUAACGGUUUGAUCCGCGUGUCGCACGGUCACCACCACGACGUGUGGUACCCCUCACCAUGGACCCUGGCUUCCCCCCACGCGAGGCCCACGCUCACCAGGAGUGGUCACGUUCAUGUCCACCACACGGGAGUCUACCUUGUCUAUGUUCAGAUCUACUACCUGGACAGCCACGACGUCGUUUCCUGGGUGCUGCACCAAAACCAGGGCGAGACCUUAAUGCAGUGCGCGCAGUCCACCCACUCAUCAGACCUUGUCGACAAACCCAACUCCUGCUUCUCAGCCGCCGCCCUCUUCCUCCGAGCUGGUGACAAGUUAGCAGUCAAGAACACUGGCGGCGACCGCCACGCCCUCAUGCAACCAGAAAAAAGCUUCAUCGGCCUCAUUAAACUAGCCGACGCCGAAGACCCAGAACAAGAACUAUAACAAACGCAAUUUUUUUUCUAUAAGUGCCCGGGAAUUGAUGUCUUUUCGUGUUGUUAAAUGGAGCUUUACAGAAAAGUGAUAUUUGUUAUAGUCAAACAAGUGCCAUUGUUGAAACAGUAAUGUGUAAGAACAAAUUAGGUUAGGAUAACAACGCAAAUAUUCGCUCUGGAUUUUCUACAUUUACAUACGAUAAUCUUUCGUUUGACAGAACCGAAUUAGUAAUGACGAAAGCUUAAUAUAAAUUUUAUAAAGCGGUGUUUGUAGAUUCAAAAGUGAUUUAGUUUUUCGAUGUAUUUACUAAUAUUGUUAUAAUUAAAUUGAAGGAUCUGUUAUGCCAUUGAUAUUUUAAGAAUAGUAUUAAAAAUGACUGUUUUUCAAUUUACGGUCUAUGUAGCAUGAUAUAUCAUUUUUGUUUUUGAAAAAAAAAACGCUUGAAGUGACUAGGUAUAGAGCUACGAUUACACUUAAAAUUUUCGUAAUUUAUUAUUAAGUACUAUAAUUAUGUUAUUCAUAUUUUAAGAAAUGUCUUCGAUUUAUCGAUAUUCAUGUUUUGUAUGAGAAUAUUAAAUAAUACUAAAAUA